AUGGGGCAAGACGACUACCUGUCCCUGUGCCUCGCGGCGCUGGUCGCGGCGUGCCAGCAAGCCGUCGCCGACGACGUAGCGCCACCGUUACUCGCGAGGGCGGCGGCGUCCGAGCUCCCGCUCCAGUUCCGCUGCCCAGUCUGCGGCAAGGCGUUCGCGUCGUACCAAGCGCUCGGCGGCCACAAGGCGAGCCACCGCAAGCCUGCGGCGGCAGCACGCGAUGGGAUGGCGCCAUCGUCGUCGUCAUCCCAGCAUCAGAAGGGAGCCGCGGAGGCGUCGUCAUCGUCCGGGAGCGCCGGCGCCGGGCGGCACGUCUGCACGGUGUGCCACAGGUACUUCGCCACAGGGCAGGCGCUCGGCGGGCACAAGAGGUUCCACUACCUGCACGGCCCGUCGGUGCGGGCCUCGCUGCCGCCCAGCACUGAAGGCGCGGGCUGGCUUGACCUCAACCUGACGACCCAUGUGCCGGACGUUUCAUUCGACGGCGUCAGACGACGGGGCGAGGAUGAGGAGGUUCAGAGCCCCUUGCCUUUGCCGGCCAAGAAGCAUCGGGCGUCAAAUUCUGCGUGA